AUGUCAGUAUUAGAAUAUCGAAGAUCAAUCGUUCAAGGGUUACUUACAAAACAAACGCUUGGAAAAAAAAGGCCAUCAACUCAAAUUGACAAAAAUGUUAAAAGGAGAAAAAAUCAAUUUUCAUUACCACAAGAUGUGCGCACUGGUAACAGAGGAAUACACCGGCCAACUUUUGUAAAAGAACGAAGAAGAUGUGAGGUAUGCAGCCCAAAACAAAUAGAGUCUAGACCAUAUUCAAAGUGCAUGCAUUGUAACAUACGCCUGUGUAUAAAUGAGAAAAAAAACUGUUUUAAUGAAUAUCAUGAAAUUUAA